AGGGGAGAACCACACACUCCAACACACACUUGCACACACAGAUUAGAGCAGGACUGUCAUACACACAACACUCUUCCUGGGAUAUGAACCCUCUCGUCCUCACCUGUCUCCUGUGCUUCGUCUCCGGUGCUGUAGGUGCUCAGAGAUCUGAGGCCACGUUCUCCGGUGAUCUAGCCGGAGUGAGCGGGGGUCCGGCCUCUGGGGGGGACCUCCAGAAUUCGCUGAGUGAUGAUGAUGAGCUAGAAGUAGACGAGGAAGUUUCGGGAGGAGACAACGAACAUGUCAGCAUUAUAGAGUUACAUCCCGCUAAAGAUGAGAAAAAGAAAAGGAAAGGCAAAGGCAAGAAGAGGAACAGGCACAGGAGCAAAAACACGACUCCUCUCAACCCCGAGCAUUCAUUCUUCACCGAUGGAUACACGUCGACUCUCAGCAGCACAGAGGACCCCUGCACCUCCACCCACCUGGACUACUGCAUCCAUGGUUACUGCAAGUACAUAGAGGGCCUGCAGGAGCCAGUGUGCAUAUGUAUGAGGGGUUACGAUGGGGAGCGCUGUGGGAUCCAAACUCUGGGGACGAUUAAAAACAAGUCCGAUCAGGUCAACAAUACUGAGUUGGUGCAGACGGUCUUGGUGAUCAUCGCCGUGGUUCUGUCGGUCAUCAGCUGCACCGCCAUCCUGCUCAUGACCUGUGCUCA